GGAAACAUGAACCCCCAAAUGCAAAUGAUGGGACAGGCAAUGGCACAAAAUGUACAUGGUGGCUACUUUGGACAAACCCAGUAUGCUACAAGUGAUCCAAUGUGGGGGUACUUCACAGCGGUAGCUGGGCAGGAUGGUGAAGUAGAUGCUGAAGAACUACAGAGAUGUUUAACACAGGCUGGAAUCCAUGGGUCCUAUACUCCUUUCAGCCUGGAAACCUGCCGCAUUAUGGUUGCCAUGUUGGACGUGGAUCAUACUGGCAAAAUGGGAUUCAAUGAAUUUAAAGAAUUAUGGGGUGCACUGAGCGCCUGGAAGCAAAACUUCUCUGCAUUUGAUCAAGACAGAAGUGGCACAGUGGAGCCUCUUGAAAUGAGCCAGGCCCUUAUGUCCAUGGGUUACAGACUAAACCCACAGACUUUGAAUGCAGUAAUGAAGCGUUACAGUAAGAACGGCAGGAUAUAUUUUGACGACUAUGUUGCAUGCUGUGUGAAGCUUCGUGCUUUAACAGAUGCCUUUCGGCGAAGAGAUGGCAUGCAGCAAGGAUAUGUCAACUUUGUGUAUGAUGAUUUCUUGCAGUGCACUAUGUCCAUCUGAAUUUCCAGCCGCCAGUCUAAUAAUGAAGAAUGGCAUUACAACCCAACAUGUGAAUUCUACUAGGAAGGACCCAAGUGACCCUGCUGCGAAUCCACCUUGUAUCAUUUCAAAUUUCCGUUUUUAGUCAUUUGAUAUACUUUGACUGUAGUACACAGGCUGAAUACAUUAAGUUAUUUUUAUAUUCUUUGUAUACUAGGGCACAACAGUUUCUGUAAAAUUGUCAACCAUGCAGGUGAUUUUUUAUUUUUUAACAAGAAUGUUGAAAUAUCAAAAAUUGACUUUCUUGCAAAAUUUUGUUGGGUUUUUUUUUGGCCUUACAUUUUGGCUCGUGCAUGCUGAGGGAACCAUUGGGGAUUAUGGCCAACAUUGGGCGCCGAUAACAAAUUGGCGUCUAAUCCUAUAAUGUCGUUUUAUGGGCUUUUGACACUUUGCCAUUUUCUAUCAGAAUUUAAGAUUAAUUUAGUUUUGCAUUGAUGCAUGGUUAUCAGUUUUGUGGGUUAUUACCUAAAAAUUUAGUAGUUUUUUUUUUUUUUUCUUUUAAUCUACUAAAUGGGGCUUCAUAAGGCUAGUUUACAAUAUAAAUGUAAAUUAAAUAUUCUGCUCAUCUGCAUAGAUCUCUUAGCAUUUUGCCAAACUUCAAUGUGAAUUUUUAUUUUUUCUAUAGAUUUUUGCUUUUUUAACUUGGAGGUGUUUUUGCAAGACAGUUUAUCCAUCUUCUGUUUGAGCAAAAAAAAAAAAAAAUGUUUUUGUUCUUUCUACGCUUAUAGUUUGUAGAAUCGAAGCUAGUGAAUUUCAGGAAGUACUUUUUGUAUUUAAAUUAACCUUGGACAUAGACCUCUUCUGACCUGUUCCACUAUAACAUACUGCAAAAGUGUAAUUGGAUGUUUAAAACUUAAACGUUCACUGGAAAUUGUAUCUUGGCCUUCCAUAGAUAGAAGAUAUGUGCAUUUCAUAGCCUCCCAGUGCUUUAUCACUUAUGAUGAACUCGGUAGAAUUUUUUUUUUUAUUUUUUUUUAAGGGAAUUUAUCACUCUGUAUUGUAAUGUAUGGCUUAAAUUAUUUAAACCAUUGUUAUGACUCCUUUCUACAAUAAAUGAAUGCGAUUAUUAAAGAAAUAAAUUAUUCCAGAUA